AAUCAUGCAUCGAGUUAUUCAUUUGCCGACCCAAAACUCCAUUUCAUCACCAACAAUCUCUUCACACCAUUCACAACUGUAAAAUAUCUCCCCUUUCAUCGCUUUCAAUGGCAGAACCAAUCACCGGCGAUAAAACACUUCAUCAAAUCGCAGUCGCAUUCAAAGACCUCGCUAACACUGUUUCCGAUUCUCAAAACGCUGAUGUUGAAGUUGCUCCUUUCUCUCGUGCUUGUUCUCACAUCUCCCCUCUCUUUGGUUGCUUAGGUAUCGCUUUCAAGUUCGCUGAGAUGGAUUUCGUUGCCAAGGUUAAUGAUCUAGCCGAGGCAUCAAAGUCCAUUCAGACUUUACAUUCGUUGAUUGAUCAGGAUGUACAAGCCAAGUCUGUCAGGAAUGCAGGCAGCCAUACUAGAAAUCUGUUGAGAGUAAGGCGUGGACUCGACAUGGUCAGAGUACUCUUUGAACAAAUGAUAGUCACUGAGGGAAAUUCUCUUAGGGAUCCAGCUUCAAAGGCUUACGAACAAGCCCUUGCACCUUAUCACGGUUGGGCUAUCAGGAAGGCUGUUUCUGCUGGGCUGUACGUUCUUCCUACAAAGGAACAGCUUUUGAAGAAACUCAACGAGGAUGUGGCGUCAGCGAAAGAACAAAUGCAAAUUUAUGUCUCAUCAUCAGAAGCUGUAAUCCAAUACAUUGAUAAACUCUAUGUUUCCAGAAACUUGGGAACAGAUUGGUGAACCUUGGAUUGUUUUCAGAUUGUGUACAAUGUGAUUUUGUAUUAGGAAGUUGUAUGAGAUUUUUCAUGUAUUUAUUAGUAUUCAUUUCUUAUAGAAUUUGUCUAUAUUGCAAUAGAUGUUUAAGAAUAAACUUGAACUAUGAACCUUCUUAAAUAACAGUAGAUCAUUCAGUAGCAUGUAUACAAAUGAGGGAAAUGGAUUCGAUGCAGACACAUUCAUGCUGUUGUGAAUCUAGACUGUACGAGUACAAUCUUUGAUCGAUUGGUCUAUACUUUAACUGCAUGUUUUGUAUCCA